AUUGCCACUCAGAGUCCCCGCGCGCUGCUCCGAGCCGGAGGGAGCGCAGGGAGCGAGCAGGCGAGCGCUCAGAGCCCGGGCCGGCAGAGGGGGCGCCCGGCCGCUGCCCGCACCGCCCCCGCCGGCCAUCUCCGUCGCGCUCGGGGGCCCCGGGAGGAGCGAGAGCUAGUCGGAGAGUCCGGGAGCCGAGCCGGACGAGACCCAACUGCGGAGGGCGCCCGCCCCACUCAGCCUUCUCCCGCGCCCGAGCCAGGGAGCACCGCCGACCGCCCCGCGGCCCGGAGAGCAGGGAGCACAGGUCCCCGCAGCCCCAGGAAUGGUCUAGGAGCCGGUGCGGGGCUCGCUGCUCUGCUCCCUGCCCGGGCUCGCCGCCUCCUGCGGAUCGCCCGGGGCUGCGCGCCGCGACGGCCCGGGGCUGUGCGCCGGGGCGGCCCAGGCCGGAGAAGUUAGUUGUGCGCGCCGCUUAGUGCGCGGAGCCAGCCAGCGAGCGGGGGAGCAGCGAGGCGCCGGGACCAUGGGCUGGGGCAGCCGCUGCUGCUGCCCGGGACGGCUGGACCUGCUGUGCGUGCUGGCGCUGCUCGGGGGCUGCCUGCUCCCCGUGUGCCGGACGCGCGUCUACACCAACCACUGGGCAGUCAAAAUCACCGGCGGCUUCCCGGAGGCCGACCGCAUAGCCAGCAAGUACGGAUUCAUCAACAUAGGACAGAUAGGGGCCCUGAAGGACUACUACCACUUCUACCAUAGCAGGACAAUUAAAAGGUCAGUUCUCUCCAGUAGAGGAACCCACAGUUUCAUUUCAAUGGAACCAAAGGUGGAGUGGAUCCAACAGCAAGUGGUGAAAAAACGGACAAAGAGGGAUUAUGACCUCAGUCGUACUCAGUCUACCUACUUCAAUGAUCCCAAGUGGCCAAGCAUGUGGUAUAUGCACUGCAGUGACAAUACACAUCCCUGCCAAUCAGACAUGAAUAUUGAAGGAGCCUGGAAGAGAGGCUACACGGGAAAGAACAUUGUGGUCACCAUCCUGGACGAUGGCAUUGAGAGAACCCAUCCGGAUCUGAUGCAAAACUACGAUGCUCUAGCGAGUUGCGAUGUGAAUGGGAAUGACUUGGACCCAAUGCCUCGUUACGAUGCAAGCAACGAGAACAAGCAUGGGACCCGCUGUGCUGGAGAAGUGGCAGCCGCUGCAAACAACUCUCACUGCACGGUCGGCAUUGCUUUCAACGCCAAGAUCGGAGGAGUGCGGAUGCUGGACGGAGACGUCACGGACAUGGUGGAAGCGAAAUCGGUCAGCUUCAAUCCCCAGCACGUGCACAUAUACAGUGCCAGCUGGGGCCCGGAUGACGACGGCAAAACUGUGGAUGGACCAGCCCCCCUCACCCGGCAAGCCUUUGAAAACGGUGUUAGAAUGGGGCGGAGAGGCCUUGGCUCUGUGUUUGUCUGGGCGUCUGGAAAUGGCGGAAGGAGCAAAGACCACUGCUCCUGUGAUGGCUACACCAACAGCAUCUACACCAUCUCCAUCAGCAGCACAGCAGAAAGUGGAAAGAAACCUUGGUACCUGGAAGAAUGUUCAUCCACACUGGCCACCACCUACAGCAGUGGAGAGUCAUACGAUAAGAAAAUCAUCACUACGGACCUGAGGCAGCGCUGCACGGACAACCACACUGGGACAUCAGCCUCAGCCCCCAUGGCUGCAGGCAUCAUUGCGCUGGCCCUGGAAGCCAAUCCGUUUCUGACCUGGAGAGACGUACAGCAUGUUAUUGUCAGGACUUCCCGUGCGGGACAUUUGAACGCUAAUGACUGGAAAACCAAUGCUGCUGGUUUUAAGGUGAGCCACCUCUAUGGAUUUGGACUGAUGGACGCAGAAGCCAUGGUGAUGGAGGCAGAGAAGUGGACCACGGUUCCCCGGCAGCAUGUGUGUGUGGAGAGCACAGACCGACAAAUCAAGACGAUUCGCCCCAACAGUGCGGUGCGCUCCAUCUACAAAGCCUCGGGCUGCUCUGAUAACCCCAACCGCCACGUCAACUACCUGGAGCACGUCGUCGUGCGCAUCACCAUCACCCACCCCAGGAGGGGAGACCUGGCCAUCUACCUGACCUCGCCCUCGGGAACCAGGUCCCAGCUUUUGGCCAACAGGCUAUUCGACCAUUCCAUGGAAGGAUUUAAAAACUGGGAGUUUAUGACCAUUCAUUGCUGGGGAGAACGAGCCGCUGGUGACUGGAUCCUUGAAGUUUAUGACACUCCCUCUCAACUGAGGAACUUUAAGACUCCAGGUAAAUUGAAAGAAUGGUCUUUGGUCCUCUAUGGCACCUCUGUGCAGCCAUAUUCACCAACCAACGAGUUUCCUAAAAUAGAACGUUUCCGCUAUAGCCGAGUUGAAGACCCCACAGACGACUAUGGUACAGAGGACUAUGCAGGUCCCUGUGACCCUGAGUGCAGUGAGGUUGGUUGUGAUGGGCCGGGACCAGACCACUGCAAUGACUGUUUGCACUACUACUAUAAGCUGAAAAACAAUACCAGGAUCUGUGUCUCCAGCUGCCCCCCUGGCCACUACCACGCGGACAAGAAGCGCUGCAGGAAGUGUGCCCCCAACUGUGAAGCCUGCUUCGGCAGCCACGGCGACCAGUGCCUGUCCUGUAAAUACGGAUACUUCCUGAACGAAGAAUCCAACAGCUGCGUUACUCACUGCCCUGAUGGGUCAUAUCAGGACACCAAGAAAAAUCUUUGCCGGAAAUGCAGCGAAAACUGCAAGACGUGUACUGAAUUCCACAACUGUACAGAAUGUAGGGAUGGGUUAAGCCUGCAGGGAUCCCGGUGUUCAGUGUCCUGCGAGGAUGGGCAGUACUUCAACGGCCAGGACUGCCAGUCCUGCCACCGCUUCUGCGCCACUUGUGCCGGGGCGGGAGCUGAUGGGUGCAUUAACUGCACGGAGGGUUACUUCAUGGAGGAUGGGAGAUGCGUGCAGAGCUGCAGUAUCAGCUAUUACUUUGACCACUCUUCAGAGAAUGGAUACAAAUCCUGCAAAAAAUGUGAUACCAGUUGUUUGACGUGCAAUGGCCCAGGAUUCAAGAACUGUACAAGCUGCCCCAGUGGGUAUCUCUUAGACUUAGGAAUGUGUCAAAUGGGAGCCAUCUGCAAGGAUGGAGAAUACAUUGACCAGCACGGCCACUGCCACACCUGUGAAGCCUCAUGUGCCCGGUGCCGGGGGCCAACCCAGGAAGACUGCACUGGCUGCCCUGUCACAAGCAUCUUUGAUGAUGGCCGCUGCGUUUUGAACUGUCCCUCAUGGAAAUUUGAAUUUCAAGACCAGUGUCAUCCAUGCCACCACACCUGCCAGGGCUGCCAGGGAAGUGGGCCUUCCAACUGCACCUCCUGUGGAACAGACAAGCAUGGCCAAGAACGCUUCCUGUACCAGGGAGAGUGUCGAGAGAGCUGCCCAGCAGGCCACUACCCUGCCGAGGGGCACACCUGCCUGCCCUGCCCGGACAACUGCGAGCUUUGCCACAGCCCACAUGUCUGCAUGAGAUGCAUGAGUGGCUACUUCAUAGUGCCCACCAACCACACCUGCCGGAAGUUACAGUGUGGACAAGGUGAAGUGCAAGACCCAGACUAUGAAGGAUGUGUGCCUUGUGAAGAAGGGUGUCUAGGAUGCAGCUUGGAUGAUCCGGGAACCUGUACAUCGUGUGCUAUGGGGUAUUACAUGUUUGAACACCGCUGUUACAAAACCUGCCCUGACAAGACUUACCCUGAGGAAUCAGAAUGCAGAGCAUGCGACACGAACUGCGGCAACUGUGACCAGAACGAGUGUUACUGGUGUGAAGAGGGCUUCUUUCUCUCGGAUGGCAGCUGUGUGAGAAAAUGUGGCCCUGGCUUCUAUGGUGACCAAGAAAUGGGAGAAUGUGAGCCCUGCCACCGCGCCUGCAAAACCUGUACCGGCCUUGGCUACGACGAGUGCAGCAGCUGCGGAGAAGGACUGCAGCUGCUGCAAGGGACAUGUGUGCACCGCGCCCCAACCCAGGUGGAAGGCCAGUUCUGGAAUGAAGCUGUGCCUACUGCAAACCCAUCUUUGGUGAAGACCCUGCUGCAGGAGCAACGAAGGUGGAUGGUUCAAAUCAAAAGAGACAUUUUGAGAGAAUACCAGCCUUGUGAUUCUUCUUGUAAAACCUGCAAUGGAUCUGCAACUCUGUGCACUUCCUGUCCAAAAGGUGCAUAUCUGUUGGCGCAGGCCUGCGUUUCCUCCUGUCCCCAAGGCACGUGGCCCUCCACACAGAGUGGGAGCUGCGAGAACUGUACGGAGGACUGUGCCUCUUGCUCUGAAGCCGAUCUUUGUGAGAAGUGCCAGGAUCAGCCGGGACACCCUCUCGUCCUCCAUGAAGGCAGGUGCUACUCCAAGUGCCCCGACAGCUUCUAUGCAGAAGACGGCAUAUGCGAACGCUGCAGCUCUUCUUGCAGAACAUGCGAAGGAAAUGCCACCAACUGCCACUCCUGUGAAGGAGACCUUGUCCUGCAGCAGGGAGUGUGCCAGAAAACCUGUUCCGAGAGGCACGUGGCUGUGCAGGGCGUGUGCCAGCCUUGCCCAGAGAUGUGCCAGGAGUGCAUCCACGAGAAAACAUGCAAAGAGUGCCUGCCUGAGUUCUUCCUGCACAACGACAUGUGCCAGCAGUCCUGUCCCCAACGCUUCUAUGAGGACUCACGCCGCUGUCUCCCCUGUCAUGAAGACUGUCUGAAGUGCCAUGGCCCCAAAGCUGAUGACUGUCAGCUCUGUGCUAGUGAUUCCUUGGUCCUCUACAACGGGCUGUGCUUGAACGAGUGUCCAGCAGGAACUUAUUAUGAAAAACAGACUAAUGAUUGCAGAGAUUGCCCAGAGUCCUGCUCCACCUGCUCCUCGGCUGGGACCUGCACCGCCUGUCGGGAAGGCCUGAGGCUGAACGGCCUCGGGGACUGCGUGGCUAAGGGGGACUGCACCCGCUCCGAGUACUGGGAUGAAAAGGCUCGUGCCUGCAAGCCCUGCCACACUCGGUGCUUCCGCUGCACGGGGCCUGCCAAGGACCAGUGUCACACUUGCCAGAGGAAGACCCUUCUUCUCAACACCACCUGCGUGGAGGACUGCCCAGAGGGCUACUACGCCGACGAGGACAGCCACCGCUGUGGCCCCUGCCACAGCUCUUGCAGGACGUGUGAAGGGAGACACAGCAGGCAGUGCGGCUCCUGCCGACCGGGCUGGCUCCAGCUGGGAAAAGAGUGCCUGCUCCAGUGCAGAGACGGAUAUUACCCAGACAACGCCACCAGCCGGUGUGAGACAUGCGACAAGAGCUGCAAGACGUGCAGGGGCCCGCAGCCCACAGACUGCCUGUCUUGCGAUACGUUUUUCUUUCUGCUCCGCUCCAAGGGAGAGUGCCAUCGCACCUGCCCCCAUCACUACUAUGCUGAGCAGAGCACGCAGACCUGUGAGAGAUGCCACCCGACCUGUGACAAGUGCAAAGGAAAAGGCCCACUGAGUUGCUUGUCCUGUGUGUGGAGUUAUCACCUCAUGGGAGGAAUCUGUGACUCGGACUGUGUCCCAGGGGAAUACAGAGUGGGAGAGGGAGAGAAAUUUAACUGCGAAAAAUGCCACGAGAGCUGCAUGAACUGCAAGGGACCUGGCGCCAAGAACUGCACCGUCUGCCCCGCCAACCUGCUGCUGCUCAUGGAUGAGAGCCGCUGCCUCCGCUGUUGCAACACCUCGGAUCCCGCCCACGCCCAGGAGUGCUGCGACUGCCAGGACACCACGGACGAGUGUAUCCUUCGAACAAGUGGGGUUGGUCCUGCAGCCGAUCGCACCAAGACAGGUCUGCUCAUCACCUCCACCAUCAUGCUGGUGCUCCUGCUUGGGGCGGCCGUGCUCGUCUGGAGGAAAUCUCGGGGCAGAGUCCAGCCAGCAGAAAAGUCCGGCUAUGAAAAGCUGACUGACCCCAACAAGUCUUACUCCUAUAAGAGCAGCUAUCGAGAGAGCACCAGCUUUGAAGAGGACCAGGUGAUCGAGUACAGGGACCGGGACUACGAUGAGGAUGAUGAUGAUGACAUCGUCUACAUGGGCCAAGAUGGCACCGUCUACCGGAAAUUUAAGUAUGGGCUGCUGAAUGAUGAUGAAGAAGAUGAGCUGGAAUAUGAUGAUGAGAGUUACUCCUACCAGUAAAUGGACGCCUCCCACCCCAUUGCACUGGCAGGCCUACCUGUGUGCAUUACACACCAGGCUGAGGCCUGAGUGUCAGUAUUUGUCUUCUUAAGCAUGAGUCCAAAUAGAAUAUGUAAGGAAUAUUUUGUUCUUCUUUUGAGUGGCUAGACUCAAUGAACAGCUCCCAUUCAACCAUAAUUAAGCAGCAAGGAUAAAAUUCGGAGGCAUUUUCCUCAAAACAAUAUGUCAAGACACAAAAUGCAAGAAGGGAAAACAAGUGAGAUUUGCACAAACUCUUUUAUGUGAUUAAAAACAAAAACGGCACAGUGCAUCUAUAGAAAUUCUGUUUCCAAACUGUAUUAUACAGACGUCUACUGCCUUCUGGUAUUCUGAUUUUUCUUUAAUUAAUUAUGGGGGUAAUCGGGGUGUGAAAGAGUUGUUGGGCUUGGGGGGAUUUUUUCUACCCCUUUAGUUGUUUGUAGGUAGAGAUUUGUUUUGUAAGAGCCAAGAAAAGAGAGUUCUUCUCAACUGAGUCCAGACCGCUCCAGGUGAGCAGAAGAAACCAACCCUGCUGAAAUUGCUCAGGAUUUAUUUAGAGUUGAGGAAAGAAAAGAGAAGUAGCAUCAUCGCUGAGGAACCAUGAGUUCCCCGGGGCUCUGGUUCCCCUGCAGUAAUCCAGAGUCAUCGUGAUUCUAAGGGCAGGGGAAACUCAGGCAGGGGACAGGCCACAGCAAGCCCAGGGAGAAAGAAAUCACCAAGUUUUCAAGAAUUGUACCCUCAUGAUUUUCUGAGACCUUUUCUUGUAGGAAACAUCAUCUAAGACAACAAGUAAUAAUAAUUAAAAAAAAAUAAAAUGGCAGGUUAACCUAACAUAAAAUGGGAUAAAAUGACAAAAGCUUCAUCUACUCUGAAAGAAGACUUAACUAAUAAAUUAGAAGAGCUUUCUUUCAUCAACAACCUGUCACAAAACCGUGAACUCUCCAUAGAAAGAGCUAGAGUAAAGUCUAAUAUGGAAAAAAUCCCAAUGUGCUGCUCACAAGCUGCUGGCAGCAGCCCACCCUUCCAGCACUGCUCAUCACUGUGUUUUUUGUUUCUAGACUUCCUAGACCACCCUUUUCCCACUCCCCUGUCAGGUGCUCAGUGGGACUCAUGCACCUGGGGACAGUUUUUCUGCAGAUAGUAAUAACCGAGAAAAGAGCUGUUGCUAUGCAAAAUUAUGCAAGCAAGCCCUCACCUUGUCAAAGCAGAAGUUACAGGUAGUACUUAGGAGUGGAAUACCAGAAAGUGAAAGUGACAUUUUUUGAUGAUGAUGGUGAUAAUCAUAAUAAAAUUUAUUACACACCCACUGUGUACCGGGUACUGAGUUAAAUAAUUCCUUUAAAAAAAAAACACUCCACUUACCCACUUAAUAUUUACCAUCGCUCUGUGAGGUUGCUAUCUUUAUUUCCCUACUUUUAUAGGAAAGCUGAGGCUUCCAAGAGGUUAAGUAACUAGUCCAAGGUCAUGAAAAGCUAAUCAAGAUUCAAGGAACAAGAACAACCCUAAAAAAUAAAAGAAAAAAAGAAUGACACUAAAGCAGAUCUUCUUAUGUCUUUGCUAUGCUGACAUAAGGUGGGAAAAAAGGUACCCUAAAUGUGACAAAGCCAUGUCCAUUAUUUUAUUCUGUAAUAUCAACAUUCCAUCUGGCAGUUCUAUGAUCUUUAUUCAUGCAUUUUCUUUUUAGUUUAAACAUAACGUAACACUGACAUAGGAUAUCUUCAUGAGGAAGUCUUCGGUUUACUGAAGGCUUGUGUUUCUUUAGAAAAAAGUUCCUAAAACUAGAAUCAGCAAACAGUCUCUGGAAAAAGCCAGGCAGUAAAUACCUUAGGCUUUGUGGGCCAAAAGGUCUCUGUCAUAAAUACUCAGCUCUGUUUUCUUUUCUUUUUUUUUUUCUUUUAUUUCAAAAUAUUAG